UCUUCGCAAACUUCCCCAACUUCGCCAUUUUUCUCUCCUCCUCCUCCCCCUCCUCCUCCGCCACAACCUCGAUCCAUGGCCAUGGCGACUCUAACUACCCCGCCGCAUCUCCUCUUCUCUCCAAACCAUAGGCCCUUUUCUUCCCUGAAAACCCAUCUCAGAUCCCUAAAAGCUCGCCGUGUGUUCAUGGCCUCUUCUUCUUCUUCUUCUUCUUCUUCUUCUUCGUCUCCCUCCUCGGAACACUCCGUGCAAAGCGCGGAAUCAUGCGUUAACUUGGGCCUCUCCCUCUUCUCCAAAGGAAGGGUGAAGGAUGCUCUCUUACAGUUUGAAACUGCUCUUGCUUUGGAUCCAAAUCCAAUUGAAGCACAAGCAGCACUGUAUAACAAAGCUUGCUGCCAUGCAUAUAGAGGGGAAGGAACGAAAGCUGCAGAAUGUUUACGAACAGCUUUACGUGAUUACAACCUCAAAUUCAGUACAAUAUUGAAUGACCCUGACUUGGCCUCAUUCAGAGCCUUGCCAGAAUUCAAGGAACUGCAAGAGGAGGCUAGGCUUGGUGGCGAAGAUAUAGGUUCUAGCUUUCGAAGAGACCUCAAACUUAUCAGUGAAGUUCAAGCACCAUUCCGUGGGGUGAGAAGAUUCUUUUAUGUGGCACUUUCUGCUGCAGCUGGAAUUUCAAUGUUCUUUACCAUUCCCAGAUUAAUACGUGCAAUACAAGGUGGUGAUGGUGCUCCUGAUAUAUGGGAGACUGCUGCUAAUGCGGCCAUCAACAUAGGAGGCAUUAUUGUUCUUGUGGCAUUGUUUAUUUGGGACAACAAGAAAGAAGAGGAGCAGCUCGCUCAGAUAUCGCGUGAUGAAACUCUCUCCAGAUUGCCUUUGCGCCUUUCAACCAAUCGUAUUGUUGAACUCGUGCAACUCCGCGACACUGCUAGGCCAGUUAUUCUGGCAGGGACGAAGGAGUCUGUGACUAGAGCAAUUGAGAAGGCUGAGAGAUUCCGAACUGAAUUGCUUAAACGGGGUGUUCUUCUAGUUCCUGUUAUUUUUGGUUCAUAUAAAAAGGCUCCAGUUGAGAAAAAAGGCUUUGGGCUUCCCACGAAAGCUGCUACAUCUCUUCCUUCAAUUGGGGAAGAUUUUGAAAAGCGAGCUCAGUCAAUAACAGCGAAGUCACUGUUGAAAGCUGAAGUUCGGUUCAAGGCAGAAAUUGUUUCUCCCGAGGAAUGGGAAAGAUGGAUCUGUGAUCAGCAGAAAUCUGAGGGUGUUACCCCUGGUGAGGAUGUAUACAUAAUUCUACGUCUAGAUGGCCGUGUUAGAAGAUCAGGAAAGGGUAUGCCUGACUGGAGCCAGAUAGUGAAAGAGCUGCCACCUUUGGAAGCUUUACUCAGCAAACUAGAAAGAUAAAUUAAAAUACGCUCCGAAGACCAGGCUACAAAGAUGAAACUGAAAUGCACUCGAAGGACCGCGAACUAAAUGAGAUACACUGGAGGCAAGAUCCAUUCCCAUCUUCUGCUUUUUCUAACAUUCUGUAUUUUCCAGUUAACCGAGAACAAACUUUGGUUGCAUAUGUUCACUGUGAAGACUUCAAAUGUCUGUUUAGCUAAUGAGUUUAAAUUAGUUCCAACGCAAGUGUAUUCAAAUAAUUGAAAGAUGACUAGUACUUUGCUUCGCUUCUGGUGCAGUAGCCUUGACUAUGUGAUUCUCUGAAAUUUUGGACUGAAUCAUCAAACAUCAUAAAUUAGGAGACU